AAUGUUACUGGUAUAUUCCAGCUGUCAGCAUUUCUUAACCAAUGUAACAAAAAUGGCUAGAACUGCAAAGUUUACAUGAGACCUGCACACCGUUCCCAUACAGCCAGGGUUUGCUUUGGAUUCCGGAGGCACGCAGCUCAGAUGGAUCUGGUUUCUAGAAACUGGCCCUGCACUGCUCUGAUUUCUCUUCUCUUCAUCCCCAUCUUUUCCAAAGGAAUGCACGUGGACCAGCCUGCAGUGGUGCUGGCCAGCAGCCGAGGUGUUGCCAGCAUUGUGUGUGAGUAUGAGUCUUCAGGCAAAGCCACUGAGGUCCGGGUGACAGUGCUACGGCAGGCUGGGAGCCAGACAACUGAAGUCUGCGCUGCAACGUACAUGGUGGAGAGUGAAUUGACCUUCCUAGAUGAUUCCACCUGCAUUGGCACUUCCAGUGGAAACAAAGUGAACCUCACCAUCCAAGGGCUGAGAGCCAUGGACACGGGACUCUACAUCUGCAAGGUGGAGCUCAUGUACCCCCCUCCUUACUAUGUGGGCAUGGGCAAUGGAACCCAGAUUUAUGUCAUUGAUCCAGAACCAUGCCCAGAUUCUGAUUUCCUCCUUUGGAUCCUUGCAGCAGUGAGCUCAGGGUUGUUUUUUUACAGCUUCCUCAUCACAGCUGUUUCUUUGGGCAAAAUGCUUAAGAAAAGAAGCCCUCUUACUACAGGGGUCUAUGUGAAAAUGCCCCCAACAGAGCCAGAAUGUGAAAAGCAAUUUCAGCCUUAUUUUAUUCCCAUCAAUUGAGAGACCAUUAUGAAGAAGAAAGACCAUUUUCCAACUUCUAAGCACUGAGGCAAUUCUACCUUUGUGCUCUCCAGUUAUUUUUGUUUGUUUGUGUACUUUGGGGGGAUUCAUCUCUCUUGAAUGUAAAGCUGGAUGCAGAACCCAAAUUAAGUGUACUACAAUUUAAGGCAAAGAAGCAGGAAAACAGAACCAGGGUAUUUCUGUCACAUUAGAUCGAAUUUUAGUAAAAGCAUCACUUGGGAGCAACAUGGGGAUGCAGCAUUAUGCUGUGGUAUGAAGGAAAUAAGUUAAGGAAUGGUACAGGCCAGGGAAAGCCCAGGAAGGGAGUGAAGAAGAGGACUAUAUUGUACACACCUUGUAUUUACAUGAGAAGUUUCUAGCUGAAAUGAUGUUUCAAGUUAAACGUUUAUGCUGUGUUGUUUUUCUUAACAAGUGUAUAAUUAAAUGAAUACUUUAAAAAUACUCACAUGGCUAUAUUUUAGCCAGUGAUUCCAAGGGUUGUAUUGUACCAAUAUGUAUUUUAUAUUUGAUAGUAUGGUGCAUAGGGGCCACAUGUGCUUUUGUGUACUUGCUCAUAGUUUGAAUAUAAACACUAUAUGGCAGUGUCUUCCCACCACGGGUUCGGGAAGUUUGGUGAAGGGGCUCAGGACACUAAUACACCAGGUGAAAAACAAGGUCACCUGCUAACUGGCUUGGAAACUGGAGGAGAGAGCAGAUUCUUGCAGACAGAUCGAGCUGAAUUGGUGUUGACAUGUGUUUUGGGCUUUUAUGUCAGCUCCUUUUAACGGUGUUCAAGGAAGCCAAAACUGGUGGCAUCUGAGUUAACUCAAUGGAACACCAUUGCUGAGAAAAUGUCUCAUUCUAGGUGUUCUAUGGGUGUGAACUUCAAGGAAGCUCCAUUUACACAGGGCCCCAAUUCCUUAUACGUGGUUCAUGCCACAGACAGAAAGAAGAAGCAGGUGGAAGAAUAGAGUCCAUGGAGGUUUCUGAAAACUAACACUGUUGGUGUUUUUUAACUCACUAUUUUCCAUGAAAA